AUGGAUAGAUACACCAACAUUCACCACCCGGAAUAUGUGCCUGGUACGUUCAACAUCUAUUCCUCGCAGAGUCUCGAAAACGGCGUCAUCUAUGAGUCCAGUCUGCGUAAGACCGAUUCGGGUGUGGUGCUGAUCCCACAACCGUCAGAAUCUCCCAACGACCCGCUGAACUGGACGCGGUGGCGCAAAUUGGUGCAUUUUGGGCUGAUGGCCUUCAUCACGGCGUUCACAGCAGCAACCAGCAACGACGCGGGCGCGGCGCAGGACUCGCUCAACGAGCUGUACGACAUCUCCUACAAUUCCAUGAACACUGGCGCGGGCGUGCUGUUUCUGGGCAUUGGCUGGGGCACGCUUUUCCUGGCUCCAUUUGCGAACCUGUACGGCCGUAAAAUAACCUAUAUCAUCUGCACGGUGCUGGGUCUAUGUGGUGCGAUUUGGUUUGCGUGCGCAACCCAGACCCGUGACACGAUAUGGUCGCAACUGUUUGUCGGGAUCAGCGAGUCGUGUGCGGAGGCACAAGUACAACUGUCUCUCAGCGAUAUUUUCUACCAGCACCAACUUGGCUCGGUUUUGACCGUGUAUAUUUUGGCAACAAGUGUAGGAACGUUUUUGGGGCCCUUGAUCGCGGGAUAUAUCGCGGCGCUGACGUCGUUCCGCUGGGUAGGAUGGACCGCCGCCAUCAUUUCGGGUGCGCUCUUGAUUUUCAUCAUUUUCGGCUGCGAGGAGACCUACUUUGACCGGAACAAGUACUUGACACCAACUUCGAGAAGAGACCCUAACCGCAGCGGCAACGACAAGUCCCGUGGAGCGUCCCCUGUUGCGGAAAAAUCCAGUAACAGCAGCGACUCACGAAUGCAUAACGACAUCAAACCCACCGCAAGCCAGAAAGUGGAAAAGAUCGGCGAUGUGGAACAAAGCAUAAACGCUUCUUUCGAGGACUUCAAGCUGAUAGAAGGGUCCGAGGAGAAAUUGAAACCGUACUGCCAGAGAGUAGCAAUUAUCACUAAAGCAACAAACCUGCGCGGAUGGGGUUUUAAACAAUAUUACCAAUAUCUUGCCCUGAACAUGCGCAUGUUCUUGUUCCCGCCAGUGUGGCUAUCGGGCUUUUUCUGGGGUAUACAGGACGUUUUUCUCACAUUCUACCUGACCACUGAAGAUACAGUUUACUAUGAUGCUCCUUGGAAUUACAGUGACUACGGAGUGGCAAUUAUGAACGUCCCUACACUUAUUGGGGCUGUAAUUGGCUGUAUCUACGCAGGUGUUUUGAGUGACUACUUCGUUUUAUGGAUGGCACGUCGCAACAAUGGUAUUCUGGAAGCAGAGUACAGACUUUUCUUCUCCUUCGCUACCGCAAUUAUUGGUCCUGCCGGUCUGCUGAUGUUUGGUAUCGGCACAGCUAGAGCUCUACCAUGGCAAGUGAUUUACGUUGGCCUGGGCUUCAUCGGCUUUAAUUGGGGUUGCUCGGGUGACAUCGCCAUGGCUUACUUGAUGGACUGCUAUCCGGAUAUGGUUUUGGAAGGUAUGGUGUGCACUGCCAUCAUUAAUAACACCACCUCGUGCAUUUUCACCUUUCUAUGCUCAGAUUGGCUGGACGCCUCGGGAACCGAAAAUACCUACAUUGCCUUGGCCGUCAUCAAUUUUGGAAUCGCUCUAUUUGCCGUGCCCCUCUACACCUGGGGUAAAAAGAUUAGAAUGGCCACCAAGAAGUGGUACGUUGCAUCUAUCGCUGUAAGAGAUGGCGUAUAA